AUGGGGUUGGAUGUCCAAGUUGUUGAUGUUGGACCCCCCGCUGAUUGGGUGAAAAUCAAUGUUCGUGCAACAAAUGAUUCCUUUGAGGUCUAUGCACUGGUGCCUGGGCUAUUACAAAAUGAGGUACGGGUUCAAUCUGAUCCAGCUGGUCGCCUGGUCGUUACUGGUCAGCCAAACCAACUAUACAAUCCUUGCGUUUGGAUGACAAAAUUUUUCUUUCAGGUGGUCACCUUACCUGCUAGAAUUGAUCAACUUCGGACCAACGCUUUUCUCACCUUCCAUGGGUGUCUUCAUGUUCAUGUGCCCUUUGCGCAGCAAAAUCUCUUAGUUAAAUAUCAGGAAUAUUGA